AUGAAACACCAAGAUUACCGAUACCACCAGCUAGACGACUCCGCGGAUCAAAUACGUUUGAUCAGCAUCCUCCCGAAACAGAGUAGGAAGAGACUGUGCCUCGAGUUAGGGACCGUAUCGAUCACCGAAGUACAAGGUCAAUACGAGGCUGUAUCAUACACUUGGGGGUUUCAAUCGCCGGAGCGCAAUAUCAACAUAAAUGGCAAAACGUUGAGACUACGCGACAACAUAUGGCGCUGUUUAAAACACAUACGUGACCAUGACCUGACAAAAUCGAGACUCUGGAUCGACAGUAUUUGCAUCAAUCAGCAUGAUGAUUACGAGAAGAGCCAGCAGGUUGCAAAAAUGGGCCGAAUCUUCACACGUGCAUCCCGGGUUCUGAUCUGGCUUGGGUCAACAAGUCUGCAGACAUAUCUUCCCCCUUCAGCAUCUGACUCUUCAGACGAUAGAAUCGAAAAACUCCCUCCACAUGAUUUUGAUGCCUGGCUCAACUUCCUAGGCCGAUCAGACCCUAGGUCUAGGUCCCUGGAGAAUCAAAUUAUGAGCAUCGUAUACAAUCCGUAUUGGGAAAGACUCUGGAUUAUCCAGGAGGUUGCACUGGCCCAAGAUCUAUGCCUUAUCUUCGGCGAAGCCCUACUAGGAAAGGACUACAUCUCUACAAUCUACAUGACCGCUCGCGACAACUCCAAACCAGGAUACCAUUCCUGGAUGACCAGACAAAAAGAUCCUAUGAUCGUCUACUCUGGAACGCACAUACUGGACCACCAUCCCAUGAUACAUAGUAGGUCGCGGACUCAGUAUUAUGAUGGUUCCAGAGAGUCUUUUCGUGAACUCAUCAAAUCGUUCCACAGCCAUCAUUGUACCGAUCCCCGAGAUUACGUCUUUGGUCUUGUUGGUCUCCUCGACCCUCCUCCACGGUUCCAGGUCGACUACUCGUCCAGUUGCGACAAUGUUGCGGCUCACGCACUGCACUAUCUACAAGAAGAAGAAGCAACGAACAAUCCCCAGUACCGCGUAGGCUUGGAUAUCACCGCCGCAGCUGCAUUACUACAAGCUCUGACUGUAACGUCCAGUACAUACUCGAAGUUCGAACAAGAGCUGUCCACCAGUAAAGCCGAAUGGUUGCAAGCAAGAGGGUUCAGGUUCUCUUUCAAGCGUUUCAUUGUGCUCUAUGCAGAGGACAGCAUCCGGAAUAUCGAGGUGUGCACCAAUACAGUUGAUCGGAACAGACCAGGAGCCUCGAGAGGAGACCUACAACAGUCACAAAGCCAAGCCUCGUGGCAGGUAAAGCUACUGAAUGGCUCUAUCAAGCAGUUCGUUCCAGUUCGAGACACGAAUGAGCUGCACGAGACUGACAAUGUUGUGGUUUUGUGCUGGCUUGCUCUGUCACCAGCUGUCGUUGCGCGCAAAAGCCUUCACAACAGCCACAAAAUCGAGAUCGCGCAUUUUAUAUGGCCGCACAUGACUACUCAGCCCGACGAUCAAGGACCAUGGACCGAGCUUGAGAUGCCGACGAGGGUUAAAUCUGCUCUACAACGAGAAAUCAAUGCUUGUGGCAUCGACUGGAACGACCUCUUCUCGGAGAAUCCGGCCAAUACUUUUGUGCAUCUUUCCACUCUCGAGGUCGUGUCUUUAUGCGAGAUGAUCAUUCCUGUAAACUUCCGGCGACCGUGA